AUGGCUGCUUUGCCAGGUCUUGCAGAUAGUCUCACACCGCUAGAAGACACCAGUGAUGGACCAAAAUCCCAAGAGGUAGUGAUACCUGCGAACCACGAAUGGAGAGUCGAGUCACCUCCGGACACCAAGCUGGUCAUAAAAGUGAAAUCCGGAAUUGCAGAGAUAUUUGGCAUCGAGCUUGCCCUUGAGCAAAAUUACACUUUCCAGGGUAUGAAUUUUGCAUUAUUUGCCGUUGAAAUGGUAGAAUUGCAAUAUUCUUGCUUAGAUUUUCCUAAAACCACAAUUUCGGAUGAUACCAACAUGAAAUAUAUCUACAACCUGCACUUUUCCUUUGAAAAAAUGAGAAUAUCAAGUUUUGACGGUCCAAAGGUAUUAAUUGUGGGAGAUUCAUGCAGUGGCAAAACUUCCUUGGCCAAAAUACUCUGUUCUUAUGCGCUAAAAAUUAAGUCAUAUCAGCCCGUGUUGGUCAAUCUCAAUCCGCAAGAAGGUGUGUAUUCUGCACCUGGUUGCAUUAGUGCAACACCCAUAUCUGAUAUUAUCGAUGUGACGACGCCAACUUGGGGCCAGAGUAUGACUUCAGGCGCUACCAAAUUACACUGCAAACAACCCAUCGUCAAGAGCUUUGGACUGGAAAACAUUUCCGAUAACAAGCAUCUCUACAAAACUUUAGUACAGGAUCUCGGCCAAGUGCUUUUAGAGAGAUUGCAGAACGAUCCAGUUGUGCGUCGUUCGGGUUUCAUUAUAGACACACCCCCCGUAUCACAACUCCUUGACGAUCUGGAGCUUUUCAAGCUCAUAGUGAAGACUUUUAAGGUGAAUGCAAUUGUUGUAUGUGCGACAACAGAUGAUCUUGCGAUCAAAAUCGAUGAAAUUUUGAAGACUCAAACCAUUACAAUAGUGCGAUUACCUCAAUCGAGCGGUGUUGUAGCGGUUGACGACGUUCAUAAACGAUUUCUACAGCGAAAUGCUAUAAAGGAAUACUUUUAUGGCGACCACAAUGUCACGCUAAGUCCUUACGUGGCGGGAGUUGACUUUGACAUGGUCACCGUUUGGCAACCUCCAAGCAUUUUAGAAAAUCACGAAUCUGAUCCCACCGAUCUACUUCCUGUCGAAGUAAACUCAAGUAACUUACAGCACGCGCUAAUUGCGAUCACUUACGCCCCACGUCGAGCUUCCAAAGAUGAAGUUUUGCACAGCCCAAUACUCGGGUUUGGCCUGAUCAUGGAAGUCAAUGACGUGAGAAAGAAGCUUCGAAUCUUGCUUCCUGUGCCAGGUAAUUUGCCAGAUAAAGCCAUGAUUUUGACGGCGUACAGAUAUUUAGAAUAA